CUUAGCGUUUCAUAUCAUUUCAAUUGCUGUAAGACUUGGACAUGUUGAGAUAAACCGGGUUGACCUUUUGAGUGUGUUGGAUGCUGUUGGUGAACUGUGCAAUCCAACAACCAGGUCUAUGCAUUUGGAUUCCUUGGAAGUAUCGUGGACGUGGCAAGCACCCUGUUUCGAUCGUCGUCCUUCAACACCCUUAGUCGAACGUGCAGCACCUGCGAUUUCUCGCGCAGACUUUGGCUGAAGCAGGGUCGGUGCACUGGAGCUGGUGGUGUUUUUUCAGCGCAUGGGCGCAUGUUUGGCUGAAGUGUCUCAACGAACAGGCCGAAAUGGAAGAUCCGCUAAUAGGGCACGCAUAGGUCACCGAUGUAGUAGAACCCAUCGGAAAACGAAAGCGACCCUUCAGAAGUACAGCAAGACACACGCGGUGCAGCUCCUUGAACUCAUUACCUUUUGCACCCUUUUGGGCAUCUCGUGGUGCCUUCCGACCCGGACAGAUUGACCUUACCCCUUUGCACGGUAUUUUCCCGCGCCGCGGCCGUUCACUUGACCAGCUGAGAAGGUCAAGCCGCGGCUUCGUGUUUCGAUUGUCGAGAAUGGCAGUGUCCUCUGCCACGGCAUUUGACGUAAUGUCUUCGCCAGAGUCAAUUCAAAUCUGUAAAGACUGGAGAAGCGUGACUAGUGAGUGUGAGUGCAGCACUACCAUAGCCUCAGUGGCCAGCAGCGAACGCGUCGCGGCCUCCUUUCCAUCCUCUGCGGCCGGGGAUGACGAGACGCCGCGUAGCGGAGCGGGGCAGCCGGAAACACGCAAGCAGGUCCCCAAGGACCUAGAACGGUGCAUCAUCUUUGACUGGGAUGAUACUCUUUUGCCCUCCAGUUUCAUAGAAGAUGCCGCGCGCAUGUGUGCGCCCAACUACAGCUCGGGCCGGCGACGUGCCGGCCGAGCGGCACGUCAGGUGCCGCAGCUACCGGCGGAUUUCCCCUGCUACGCAGCCAUCAAGGAGCACGGUCAGCUCAUCGCAAAGGUGCUGCGGCUCGCCAAGCAGUGCGGCGACCGCGUGGCCAUCGUGAGCUUGUCCGAACGGCCAUGGGUCUUCGAGUCGGCGGAUCAGUACCUGCCUGGCCUUGACAUGGCAGAGCUCUUGAAAGAGCUCCAAAUCCCCGUGUACUAUGCCUCGGAACACACCCGCACCCCGACCUCCACGGCCUGGGGCGAGCUGCCGGAGGAGGAGGACCUCCACGUGCUGACGAAGCGGAACGCCAUGUUGGAGUUCCUUCAGGCCAGCCAAGGCCCGCAGACGGGGCUCCACCUCAUCUCCAUCGGUGAUUCGCUGGUUGAGAAGGAGGCCGCCCAGGCCUGUGCGCGCCUAGCGGACCUGCAGACAGCCAGUCUCUGCAAGACCAUCAAGCUCAUUGGCGACCCCUCCUUGAAGCAAUUGACGGAGCAGCUGCAAACGCUCGCCAUGCAUCUCCCAUCCAUUUGUGCCUACGAGUCGGACUUGGAUCUUCAUGCCCAGAGCCCGGACGAUUUGGUGUCCCAGCUGGCGACCGUAGGGCCAGACCCCUGAACGACGAAAUUCGUGCCUGUUGGGCUCGGGCCGCCGGGUCGUGCGGAGCCGCCUUCGCCACGCGCCGGGGUCGGCCGCGCUGCGCCGCGCCCAACGCACUUCGCGAACGAGUUGGGUAGGUAGAGCCACUCACUUCGCGAACGAGUGGAGUCGAUGGUUGAUGGAGGGAGUGACUAGGGGCAAAGGUUGGACCAGCUUGGUCCGAACCUGGUUUUGGGUGGCC